CACUUACCCAACCCUCCUGUCAGUGGUCACUCGCCCCAAAAGAUAAAAUAAAAUCAACAAUAAUAAUAUCGAUAGCAAUAAUCAAACCUUGUCUAUCUUGGUUUGAAUGAAUAGAUAACUGGAACAAGUGUUUUAGAGAUGUUUUUGAAAUCAAUCUUGAUGACAUUUUAUGUCUUACAUCAAUAUAUAUUUACAACUUCUCUUUCAGAGCCUAUUAUGAAGAGAUCAAUAAAAAGUUUUUCAAUUGAGGGAAGUUCAUAUGUUAAAGAAGAAUAUCCUUUUGAUGGACCUUUAUAUGAAUCCAAAGAUCUAGUUUAUUUCAGUGACGGAUCAUUGCACUCUGUUAGCUGGUACUGUACACCCCUUGAAAUAAUGUUUACUUCCAACAAACAGAAUAUGAGAAUUCCAUACGAUCAGUUUAUGAGGCUUGGUGAUUCAGAUGGAAUCAGUAAAUCUGACAAAGAUAAAAUCAAAAAAACAAUUCAAUCUAAUGAUAAAAGUUACCAAGUUAUCAACUUGAGUGCCAAUGGUAGAAAAGUGACAGAUGAGGAAAAGAGAAAAAUUUGGCCCAAUGGGCGUCCAUAUAUGAACGAAGAAAUUCUGGAUAUUCCUUCUAGUAAGGAUGGCAGUAAAAUUGCCUACAGAUACUUCCAUACGACUGUUAUGAGCAAAGAAGAGUAACAUGACACAGUUGAGAUUGACCAUUUUUCUGUUGUUUCAUAGAGUAUGUAUAUAAAUAUGUCAAUCAAAGCAAUCAUUUCUGAAAAGAGAAUCCUUUCAUGCCCUUCUUUUAGGCAAAAAAAUAUAUUGUUGCAAAAUUGUUUAGCAUUGUACUUAUGGUCAUUAUUACAUUAUGUAAAUUGAAUCCUUGGGAGUCGUUUUCCCAACUCCCCCAAUUUAUUAUUAAUUUUCUAGUCAAGA